AUGGAUGAUAUACCAGGGAUUCAAGCUUGCAACUUCCUAUGUUUUCCAGAGGAAGACCCACGCGACUCUUAUUACUACAAAGAUCGUAUAGUUUUCUGGCCGAAACUUUUUUAUGUCUACCAAAGUGGUGGUAUUCUUGGAUAUGUUGUUGGUAAGAUGGUAGGAGAACGUCAUGGUUAUAUUUCAUAUUUAGGUGUUCAUCCAGAUAAGCGUAAACAAGGAAUUGCAAGGAAGCUGAUGACUGCUGCUGAGAAAGCUCUGGUACAAGAAUAUGGGUCUGAAUAUGUUUCUCUUCACGUUCGAAGAAGUAGUGUUGCUGCAAUUAAUCUUUUUACUGAAAAAUUAGGAUAUCAAAUCCAGAUAACUGCAGCUGAGUUUUAUGAUAACGAGGAAGAUGCUUAUGUUAUGAGUAGUUGUAUUAUUUGA